CGCAACACGGUCGAGUGCCGUUGGUUAGGUCUUCCGGAUCUGACACUUCUUUUCAUUAUUUUCAAGCGCCUUUAAGUAAGGGUUAGCGCGUCACGUUGGGGCCGGAAAAUUCUUUCGUUUUCAAUUGAUUUGUGGUAUAAUUAAAAUGGUAGAAACAACAUCCAAUACAGCUGACGGAGAGGCAGCCAAGCCGAAGACUGCUAAACAGCUUGAGAAGGAAGCCAAAAAGCUCGCGAAGCUAGAAAAGUUCAAACAAAAGCAAGACAAAAAGGAAACCACUGCUCCCACCAAGUCCAAAGAAAAACCUGAGAAAAUCGAGAAGAGCCAGGAUGUUAAGGGACCUGUAUUGUACACAAUAGACACGCCGGUAGGAAAUAAGAAGGAUGUUGGCUGUCCGAUGCCGGAUGCUUACAGUCCAAGGUUCGUUGAGGCAGCGUGGUACUCGUGGUGGGAGAAGCAGGGCUUUUUCAAGCCUGAAUAUGGGCGAAAGAGUAUAUCGGAAAAAAAUCCCAAGGGAAAGUUUAUCAUGGUUAUUCCACCACCUAAUGUCACAGGAUUUUUACAUCUCGGUCAUGCCUUGACAAAUGCCAUCGAAGAUGCGAUCACGAGAUGGAAUCGUAUGAAGGGACGAACCACUCUGUGGAAUCCGGGAUGCGAUCACGCCGGAAUAGCCACUCAAGUGGUGGUCGAGAAAAAAAUUUGGAGGGACGAGAAAAAGACAAGACACGAUAUAGGGAGAGAGAAGUUUGUAGAGAAGGUUUGGGAAUGGAAAAAAGAGAAAGGUGAUCACAUUUAUACUCAACUUCGGAAAUUGGGCGGUUCGCCGGACUGGGAGAGAGCUUGUUUCACGAUGGAUCCAAAACUCUGUCGCGCGGUGACCGAAGCUUUCGUACGCCUUCAUGAGUCGGGAGAUAUCUACAGGAGUAACCGUCUCGUCAAUUGGUCCUGCACUCUGAAAAGUGCAAUCUCGGAUAUCGAGGUGGACAAAGUGGAGCUGACCGGCAAAACGCUCCUCUCCAUACCCGGGUACACAGAAAAGAUUGAAUUCGGUGUGCUGGUGUCCUUUGCUUAUGAGGUCGAAGAUUCAAACGAAAAGGUUGUAGUGGCCACGACUCGUAUCGAGACAAUGCUCGGAGACGUUGCUGUGGCCGUGCAUCCCAAAGACCCUCGGUAUUCUCACCUUGUCGGAAAAUGCGUCAAGCAUCCGUUCUGCGAUAGAAAAUUACCCGUUAUCGCCGACGAAUUUGUGGAGAUGGAGUUUGGAACAGGUGCUGUGAAAAUUACACCCGCGCACGAUCCCAACGAUUACGAGGUUGGAAAGAGGCACGAUCUGCCAUUUAUAACAAUCUUUGAUGAUUCUGGUAAUAUUAGCGGAGGAUAUGGAAGCUUCACGGGGCUGAAAAGGUUUGAUGCGAGGAAAGCUAUUUUGGAAGAAUUAACGAAGCGAGGCUUGUACAUAGAGACCAAAGACAAUCCGAUGGUUGUGCCACUCUGUAGCCGAUCCAAAGAUGUCGUGGAACCUUUAAUCAAACCCCAGUGGUAUGUCAAGUGCGACGAGAUGGCUGCCGACGCUAUCAGAGUCGUCGAGAGCGGGGAAUUGAAGAUCAUUCCGGAGCAGCACAAAAGAACGUGGAAUCACUGGUUGGAGGGCAUCAGAGACUGGUGUAUAUCUCGCCAGCUUUGGUGGGGUCAUCGAAUUCCAGCAUACUUUGUCUCCGUCUCCGAUCCCUCUGUGCCAAUUGGAUCGGAAAAUGACAACAACUACUGGGUGAGCGGGAGAACGGAGUCGGAGGCAAUCGAAAAAGCUGCCAAACGAUUCAACGUCGGUGUUGACAAAAUAAGCCUCAAACAAGACCCCGAUGUCCUCGACACCUGGUUUUCCUCGGGCCUGUUCCCCUUCUCUGUAUUCGGUUGGCCAGAUGAGACGGAAGAAUUGAAAGAAUUCUAUCCCGGAUCUUUACUGGAGACCGGACACGACAUACUCUUCUUCUGGGUGGCGAGAAUGGUGUUCCUCGGUCGCAAACUCUUGGGAAAGUUGCCUUUCAAGGAGGUUUACUUGCACGCCAUGGUGAGAGACGCCCACGGAAGAAAAAUGAGCAAAUCGUUGGGCAACGUCAUCGACCCGAUGGACGUUAUCUAUGGAAUUUCUCUGGAGGAUCUGAACAAGCAACUCCUUGACUCGAACCUGGACCCGAAGGAGCUAGAUCGUGCUAUCGAAGGGCAGAGGCAGGACUACCCGCAGGGGAUUCCGGAGUGUGGGACCGACGCCUUGAGAUUCGCACUGUGCGCGUACACUACUCAAGGUCGUGACAUAAAUCUCGAUAUCUUGCGCGUCCAGGGCUACAGAUUUUUCUGCAACAAACUCUGGAACGCGACGAAGUUUGCGCUGAUAUAUCUCGGGAACGGAUUCCGGUUCGAUCACGAAGACGACAAGAGAUACUCGGACGUUUCGAACGCGACCGAAGUCAUCGGUGAUCGUAGAUGGUGCGAACACGCGCUAAAUGAAACUUGCGUACAAGACGCGCUAAAUAACUUCCUGGCGGAUUAUCCGUACUUAGCGGGUUACACGCCCUCUCAGGCCGACGUUAAAACUCACGAAGCUCUGAAGUCUUUGCGCAUCAACUUCACGCACAGACAACAUCUGCUUCGCUGGUUUAAACACAUCGAAAGUUACGAUCGCCGGGAAAGGUCUAGCUUCCGCGUGGACCCCGGAGAAACUUUUCAACAGAUUAAAUUUAACCUUCAUAGUAGCAAAAUAUGCGGAUUUCAGCUCUCCGGCAAUGAAACAAAAGUGGAUUUAUGGAUGCUCUCGAGAUUGGCUCACGCUGCUCAGGUGUGCGACGAAGCGAUAGCUCAGUACGAUUUGACGACUGCGACCACAGCUUGUUACAAUCUCUGGCUUUACGACCUGUGCGACGUUUAUCUGGAAUAUCUGAAGCCCGUGUUCCAAAAUGGCUCUGCGGAGAGCAAAUCAACUGCGCAAAGAGUAUUGUUUAAAAGCUUGGACGUGGGUCUGCGCUUGCUGAGUCCGUUUAUGCCGUUUAUUACGGAGGAACUCUACCAGCGUUUGCCUCAUGCGAGAUUGAUUCACCCCAGUAUCUGCGUGGCUCCGUAUCCUGACAAAAUCGAGUGCACUUGGAGGGAUGAAACCGUAGAAGUAGACGUUGAUUUGGCUCAAAAAAUUAUCAAAUCCAUACGAUCGGCCCGGGCCACCUAUAAUUUGCCCAACAAGACCAAAACCGAUGCAUUUAUUACCUGCACCGAAAAAAGUCUGACGGAAAAAGUUGGAGCGUACGCUUCUCUCAUCGGUACACUUGCGUAUUCCGUUAUUCACAUGAACAACACCCCAUCGGGAUGCAUAAUCAUUCCUGUCACGGACAAGAUCCAAGUUCAUCUGUCUCUGAAGGGAUUGGUAGAACCGGAAAAGGAGAUUGCUAAACUUUUGAAAAAGAAGGAAAUACUCGAAUCGAGUAUAAACAAACUCAACCAAGCUACAUUGGCGCCAGAUUACUCUACCAAAGUACCUCUUGACGUCAGACUAGCUAACGCGGAGAAGCUUUCCAGUAGUAGCGGUGAGUUGGAACGUCUCGUAGAAGCGAUGGAAGCUCUACGCACGAUGCAGUAGCUGCAUCGAAUAACGUAGGCCCGACAGAAUUCUAUACCUGUAUUUAUUAUCACGUCAAUUGAAUAAAGGAUAAAGUGGUUGAAGAA